AUGGCGGACACCGCGAAUGACGGUGAUAAUCGAGUAGUAGCAAAUGAUUCAAGUGAAAUGGAAAAUCCACAAGAAAACGGUGAAGUUGCUGUUGUAGAUGAAAAUCAAGAAAGAGACAUAAAUGCUGAGAUCGACGCCCAAAGACAAAAAUACCAACCAACAAAAUGGGAAUCAUUUUUAGCAGUAUUAAAGUCACUGAUUAUAAGGUCAUUAGUUAUUUAUUUUAUCACGUCAUUCUUCCGAAGACCAACUGCAGAUCCAGUAUCGACAGCAGCAAGCGCUGAUGGUGCUGUUCCAAAAUAUCAGGCAGCUAAUAUUUUUGAGAAUGGAACAUUAUUUGAUCUGUACGUAUUUUUAUCAGAAUCAGAUCAUUUUAAUAACUUUGAGGAUCAGCAGGCGUUGAUAUGGAAAGAAAAAGGUUUGAUGUACGGUGAUUGGACGAGUGGACCCAACAACGACGGUACAAGAUUUUUUGCUUACAAAUUCGAACCUUCAAGCCAACUGAAACGCAAUGGAUCGAUUUAUUUGCACAUUUACGCAACAAAAACCGGAAAGUCGAUAAAUCCUAAGGAUGGUAAGGGCGUGUAUUCAGCGAACCAAGUGUCAUAUGCUAAAAAAAUGGUUAAUAAAUUUAAAAAGAUAAAAUAUCAGAAGCGACACAAUUUACUAACGGGAGAAACAACAGCCACUGAAGAAGAAAUAAAAAAAGCUGAAAUAAUGGAUCAAGAAAUAGUUUCACACUGGCAUCCUAAUUUGACAAUUAACCUCGUGACUGAUCAAACUGGGUGGGUGUCAGGGCAAGUCCCGCCACCGUUGAACGAGUACAUCGAAUUUGUCCAAGGAGGUUCUUUCUACAAGCCUCCAAUUUAUGUAAACGAUUUUUGGAACAUGCAGCGCGACUACUUUCCACUCAAUGACACUGUCAAGGAAUUGGAAUUGCAUCUCACUUAUCAACCACUAUCUCUGUUCAAGUGGCAAUUGUACUCGGCGCAAAAUAUGAGGAAUAAAUGGACUUCCUCAUUCAUGGGAGACGUUGCCGAUGAAGAUGACAGCGACCAGGAUACUCUGAAAGAAACAAUUCUUGAAACUAAUCCUUACUUACUGGGAAUGACUAUUUUUGUAUCUAUUUUACACAGCGUGUUUGAAUUUUUGGCUUUCAAAAAUGAUAUCCAAUUCUGGAACAACAGAAAAACCUUGGAAGGUCUGUCAGUUCGAUCAGUCUUCUUCAACGUCUUUCAAUCUCUUGUUGUACUGCUCUACGUCUUGGACAACGAAACCAACACUCUCAUUCGUUUAAGCUGCGGUAUUGGUUUGUGCAUUGAAAUAUGGAAGAUCAACAAAGUUGUGGACAUCUCCCUCGAUAGAAGCAAUAAAAUACUGGGAAUAUUCCCUAGAGUAUCAUUCCGCGACAAAGGUUCGUACGUCGAAAGUUCAACCAAAGAAUACGACAGACUUGCCUUCAAAUAUCUAUCAUGGGCUCUGUAUCCUCUUCUGGCCGGAUAUGCCAUUUACUCGUUGAUGUACCUCGAGCACAAGGGAUGGUACUCGUGGGUUUUAAAUAUGCUCUACGGUUUCUUGUUAACAUUUGGCUUCAUCAUGAUGACGCCACAAUUAUUUAUUAAUUAUAAAUUAAAAAGCGUAGCUCAUCUUCCCUGGCGUAUGCUGUCGUAUAAAUUUUUGAAUACAUUCAUCGAUGAUAUAUUUGCUUUUAUUAUUAAAAUGCCGACGUUAUAUCGAUUAGGAUGUUUCCGUGAUGAUAUAGUGUUCUUUAUAUUUUUGUAUCAGCGGUGGAUAUACAGAAUAGAUCCUACGAGAAUUAACGAAUUCGGUUAUUCGGGUGAAAUGGAGAAUGCAUCAAAGAAACAAGUCACUGUCGCGAGUACGAAAGAUGAAGCUAGCAAAAAAACAGAUUAAUUUUACGAUUUCUUUAA